UGGAAACUUGGAUACCGCUUCGUCCGAAAACUAAACGCAUAUCACCAAAACUGCCUUUUGAUUGGCUAAUGCAAAGUGGAGUGUGAGUAGAAUAUCGACUGUCCAAAACAUGACAGACAGAGGAAAGGAAGAAGCAUUUGUCACCCUAGCAACCAACGACACCUACUCGUUAGGAUGUUUGGUGCUAGGAAGUUCCAUACGGCGUGUCGGAACCACAAGGCAGCUCGUUGUCAUGAUCACGGAAGACGUCUCAAAUCCAAUGAGAUCCCAGCUCGCCCAAAUAUUCGACCUGAUACAGGAAGUGAAUCUUUUAGACAGUAAUGACCCUGUGAACCUGGGGUUGCUAGGGCGACCGGACCUUAACGUGACCUUCACCAAGCUCCACUGCUGGAGACUCACACAGUUUAACAAAUGUGUCUUCCUGGAUGCUGAUACUCUAGUGCUACAAAAUGUUGAUGAGUUGUUUGAUCGAGCAGAGCUGUCAGCAGCGCCUGAUGCCGGGUGGCCUGACUGCUUUAACUCUGGCGUGUUUGUGUUCGAGCCAUCUCAGGACACAUACAACUCGCUCCUCAGUUUUGCGACGUCACAAGGCAGUUUUGAUGGUGGUGACCAGGGUUUACUCAACAUGUACUUCAAGAAUUGGUCUACGGAGGAUAUCCGCAAACACCUGCCGUUCAUAUACAAUGUUGUGUCACAGGCUUUCUACAGCUAUCUGCCAGCCUUCACCCAGUUCAAAGACACAGUGAGGAUUGUUCAUUUUAUCGGUGCAGUCAAGCCCUGGCACCACACGUACGACUCCACAACUGGCAAGGUCACACCUCUACCAGGGAGUGGUCAUAGCCAAGAGUUUCUCCAGGUGUGGUGGAAUAUCUUCAUGAAGAUGGUUCAGCCAAACUUGGACCCUUCCCUGACAGUAUACUCUCUUACUAAGCCAAAUGUUACUUCUGAAGAUGCUAACAAACCUGUAGAACCGCAACAAACAGUUUUUAAGGAACAUUCUUAUCCUUCAAGUGGAGAAACCGUACAAGCAUUAUAUCCUUACAAACCACCAGAUGUUGAAGAUGGUUAUAAAAGCGGUGAUUCUACCAUUGAAGACAACGCCAUCGUUGGAAUGUAUGUGAUGUCCAGACCUUACUCUGAGUUAGAGACACAUUAUUCAGACAUACCGCUUACAAAUAUUAAUCUUGAAGAGCCAGCACCAGCAAGCAUUUACGAAGCCACAAGGAUUACUGAAGGCUGGGAAGCAGGGCAGACAAAACCGGAACCAGUAUUUGAACCCAAAGUGACAAUUGAACCACAAGUUCAGAAUGAGCAGCAAGGUGAAAACGAAUCAAAUAACAAUGACAGUAAUGAUAAUCAAGGUUGUGAAGAUGUUCAUUGUAAUGAGGUGGAUGAAGUUCAUGCCAUUUAUCCAGGACAUGAUCUUGGAGCAUCGGGACCAACUGAAUAUCAGCAUUCACACUUACACAGUAUUAACACUUCACCUGAAAAUCCUCCCAGUCCAACUGCACAAGAGGAAUCAAUCAGUAUUAAUAAUGAAAACGAGGACGCGGGUCUAGUUGGGGAAUUGGCCAGUCUGUCCAUCCAAGGUGCGUCCGGUCCGGUGGGGUAUUUAGUGCCUGACGACCAGCGGAGAGAACGAUGGGAGAGAGGACAAAUUGACUACCUUGGACAAGAUUCUUUCGACAAUAUUCAACGCAAGAUUGAGAAAACCCUUAAUUCGGAGGCCCCCUCGGAGCCCGUUCUUUCAAGUCCUUUUGUGACCGUGGCAAGCCCAACGGAAGUGAAGCCGGCUGCGACUGGAACCACAAAAAUUACAGCAGUUUCCACUGCUAAACCAAUUAUGAAGAGUUCAGCUAUUAACAUUAAAGUUAGCUCAAUUAAAAACAAAUAAUGCCAUAGAUGUUUUAGCGUUUUUGUUGUCAUUUUAAGACAGUGUAUGAGCAGCUUCUGUGUGUAGUAAAUUGGGCUUGUGUUUUAAGGAUAAAAUUAGUACAGCUGUCAUCCGGGGAAAUGUUCAAAAAAAUUAUUAUUUUCAUUGUAAAAAAUAUGAAUGACAAUUAUGAUAGUUAUGUUAUUAUGAUCAAAGAUUGUUAAUAGAUUACAAUGCCUGAUGUCUUAUUAGCUGUAAGAACUAUGCAUUACAAGUGAUAGCAGAUUAAAAGGUCCAUCCAUUGAAUGGAUCCGAUUAUUACCGGUAUUGAGUUGAUAUUAGAUAAACCAUGUGACACUUGCCUUAUAGGUACUCACAGACUUAAAUUGGCAAUUAUUAUUUUUUAAAUGUUAAAAUGGACCUUUUUUAAUUAGAUUGAUUUUAUGGACAAACACAAACUGGCAAAUUUGAGUAAUGCAAAUCCAAGCUGAAAACAGUUCAAUUUUCAAUAGUGUUAUACUAAGUCUUUUCUUCCAAGUAGAGUAUUUUUGUCACAUUUUUAAACAAUAGUGUUCUGGUUAGAACUUUUCAUGUUAUAUAUUUCACACAAUAUUCCCUGUUUUAUGCCUGGCAACAUGUAAUGUGAGUGUCCUUUAAAACGUUUCAAACUUCCCUCUGAACCUGUCACGAUCAAAUGAAAUCAUUCGUAAAAAUCUGACCUAAAAAGUCAAUUACCAAUAGUUAAUACAUCCUUCAACUAGAGGAAUAAUGGAAGCAAUAUUUGGAUAGUUGAUUAGAACUAAUAGCAUGGAAAUGUAAAUUUCUCAAAGAACAAUUUAUAACAGAAUAUGACAGAUAAGCUGUCCGUCCAAGGUGUGGUUUCUUGUCUAUACUAACAAUAUUCCUAGAUAAGAUGAAAAGUUACUGUAAUUUCAUGCAAAUUUAUAUAUGAAGUGAAUUGUUACUUUGGAUGCUUCUGUCGAUGCUACAAGUUGAAAGUUGUGCCAUAUAAUAUUUAAAUGUAUUGGCUUUAAAUAUUUCAUAAAGACUUGGCUUAAAAAGUUUGAAACUAUUUUGCUUUUUACCAAAGAAGGUAAUGCAAAGAACUAUUUGAGAUUUUGUUUGCUAUUUAAAAAUUGUUAGAAAAAUCUCUAAUUUUUGUAUGAUUAUAGUUUAGCAUAUAACUGAAGCUGUGGUCUUUUUAACACAAUAAAUACUAACAGCUUUUUUGCUGACAAAUAAGUAGUUUGGAGUAUUGAAAUCUCCCCUAAAGCCAUUAUGCAUUAUACUUUAAUUGUAAUAAAUGUAUCUGAAAAAAUGUUGAAUUUUUUUCCAAUUUUUAAAAUAUAUUUUUUUUGUUAUUUAAUGAAAAUUGAGGCAGCAAUACAGAAUCGGGCAAUAAGAAUAUUUACUCUAGAAUUUUUCUCAAAUUUAUCUUGAAUACCAUUUUGCUAAAGUAUGGUUAUUCCGACACAUUUAUAGAGUGAUGUUUUCAUAAUUUCUUGUAUACAAUGUUAUGAUAUUGUCUGCAAAAUGAGUUGUGUGGAGGUAUUCAUGUUAGCAGAAAAAGAAAUUCAAGUGACAGGUUUAAAAAACAAACAAAUUAUGAUAUUGUUUAAAAUUUUAUAAGCAAAACUUGUCAAAGAUUUUUAGAAAUAGCUUUGAUUUCUUGAGGCCUGACGCCUUGCAGAAAUGAAAACAUUAAUUAUCUCCCCCACAGGAUUUAUGACAUCAGUGGCAGUAUUCAUAAGAGCAUUUUGUAAAAUAUUUCAACUCGAUCUAAAAUUACUUUUUUUCGAAGUUGUUUUUGGAGAAACUUAACAAUAUUCAACCAGGAAAACAUGAAAAUAAGAAAGAAAAUGGUCUAAAAGAGAAGUUUAUGUGAAUCAAUUUGAAAAAAAAGUAAAUGGUACUUCAAAUAAUCUUUGUUAAACAUAUGGAUAUUUUAACUAUGUUGAAAAUUCUCAAAAAGUUACUUUGCGAAUACAGCACCAGAGCCAUGAUUUUGAUCAAUAGUCUGCAUACUGCUGAAUUUUAAAUAAAAGAAAUAAUCUCUUUUUGUAAAGUUAAUUUGGAGGCUAAUUUUGAAAGCCAGAAUGAUGUUUUUUUGGUUUGUUUGUUUUUUUAAAUAUUACAAGGUAGAUUGUUAAUGAUGGUUUUUAUUUGUUGAAUACAUCAGGAGAUGUGUGCUAUAUUGUAUCAUAUAUGCUUGUUAGAUAUGUAAACAUGUAGCGAAAUAGUGCAUUAUAUUUGUUUAGAAUAAUUCUAUUAAGAAGUUUGAUAAUCAUGUUUAAUCAAUAUGUGUAAUUGGUGCAUUAUAAAUAAAAGUGCUUUUGUACAUAAAGUACUGACAUAUGGUAGCUGAUAUGUUGGAUUUGAAAUAUUUUUAGAAGGGCUUGGGCAUGUCAAUCCCUUACACUCAAACAGAGUCUGGACCUUUUUUCAUGUUUGACAAUUUACAGGUGUUCAGACCCCUGGUAUUAAAGGAUGUCAGAAUAGUCAUUUCUAGCCAUUGAAUCAAAGCCAAAACUUUGUAGUGAGAUUUGCUUGCAGUAUUUGAAUGUAUGGAGUUUAAUCCCAGUCCUUGUGGUACAUGUAUAUAGUCAUUGCAAUAAUGGAUACAAUUCCUGUUAAAGACUGUUAACAUCAGACUUGUUUCCCAUAAUAAUAAAUCUAUUCUACUUUGUUGGAAGUGCAAUUAAAAUUGAAUCUGCUAAAUUUGCUUUAGUUUUAACAGCAGUUUGUGUGAUGUCAUUUGAUAGCUUAACAAGUGCUGCUUCAUUUGCUUUAGUUAUAACAUAAUAACUGCAGUUUGUGUGUUUGUUUUAGAGAGAAACAUAAGUCCUGCUUAAUUUACUUUUUAAUAGUUAUAAAUGUAGUCUGUAUGUUGUUCCAGAGAGCAUCUUAUGUUAAUCAAUUUCCGUUUACUCUACUUUUUUUCCUUGUUUCAGUAUUAUUUUCAAAUUCAAUUUAGCCAUUCUUAUACACUAGAGUGAUGAUGCUAUGGGUUAGAUUUAGCGUUGCCGAAGCUUUGAUGAAUGGGAAUGGAUCUACCUUAUUAUUGGCCGAUCGUUCAGAACUUUGUAAAAGUUAACAAUGUGAUCAACAACAUUGUGGUUAACUUUUAAACGUUAACUAUUUGAUGAUAUGCUCACAAAUUUAAAUGUAACAAUGGGAGCUGAAGCAGUUGUCUCAAGUCUUGUAAGAAAAACAGUAGAUCAAAAGUGUAUGCCUUAAACCUACCCAGCAGUAAAGGUUUGAAAGUUAACAAUGAUGACGUAAACAGUGUUAUUAAACUUAUUAAAGUUCUGAACAAACAGGUCAAUAAGUGCUAACAAGUACUCAUUUUAUUAAUCGGGUUACACAGUGUAAUAACUCCUAGUUUGCAGUCCUCUAGUCUAUGACUAUUUUCAUUGGAGUAUUUUGAGUCAAUGAACCUUAAUAAAUGACUUUUUGUGAUGAAAAUGUGUUUGAUAUACCUCUUGAAGACAGCUAAAAGAAAAGUGUCAAUACAAACUGAAUAUACUACUAUCAAUUGUUUCAAGAAGAUUGUAUCAUUUUUCAUAAAGCCUAUGGCUUUCUAGUAACGUUUGUUAUAGACAUUUAGCGUAUUUUGUUAUGGGAAUGUUUCGGUUUGUGCAAAUACUAUCUUGUCAUAAUAUCUGAAAUGUAUGUGUACUGCAGUAUUCCAUUCAAGAAAUUAUAAAAUAAAUUGUUAUCCAAA